AUGCCAGGCACCGGGCCUGACGCAGAACGGGCUCCGAAGGGAGAAGGCACCGCAGCACCGCUCAGGACCCGCGCCCGCAACAUCUCCCAGGCCUCGACGGGCCUCGCGGGCAGCCCCUCGUCGCUCUCGAGCCUCGCCAAGUCCGACUCGACCGCGUCGGCCGGCCGGUUCUCAAUCAACUCGCACGUGUCGAUCCCGGUCACGGGCUCCCUGCCCCUCGGGUCACUGCAGCUCCACCAGCCGGCCGACAGCCCUUCUCUGCCGCCUACCAGCGGCGGCGUCGCCGACGCCACCGUCGCCGAGGAGGAGGUGCUGAGGCCCGAGCCCGCCUGUCUCGAGAAUGGCGACUGCUUCCUCAUUCUGGGCCUCCCCAGCGACUUCACGGUGGGGUGCGACAUGAUGGCCCUCAACACCAAGCAGACCGAGUUCCUUGGCUUCCGCGACCUGCAUCCCGGGCCUCACUUCAUAUGGGUGUCUGAGCCCAGCGCCAUGUCCCGCUGCGGCUACUGGUUUGUGACCAAGGAGCGCGGCGACGUGCGCGUGAAGCAGUGGGACUCGUACACGGAGGUGCUGGGCGAGGCGUCGAGCCAGUUUGAAGUCCGCAACCACAAGGACAACAUCGAGUCGACGUACCGGCAGCUCGUGCCCUACCGCUACCGACCCGACGACUCGAUGCCUCCUCCGCCUCCGCCGAAAGACCCGCCCCGGCCCGGCUCCGUCGCCGGACCGGACCUCGCGACCGACGACGCCGUCAUCUGGCACCACCUGACCUCGUACAUCACCGAACACCUGCUCUGCCGGGUGACGGGCAAGAAGGGCGCCGCCUCGGAGUGGAUGGUCGAGACCUCGGACAUGGCCAGGGGCGAGGUCAACUUUGCCCAGGCCAGCAGGCUCUUCAAGGCCGUCGCGGGCUCGGAGCUCAGCUUCCUCUUCCCGCGCGGCGACGUGGACCUGCACCUCCUCCUGAGGCCGACCGGAGAGAAGAAGCUGCCCGACACCACGGCCGACGUCCUCCGGCUGCUCGAGGCCACGGCCACGGCCCCGACGACGACGACGGGCCUCACCGAAGGCGACCUCGUCGGCGAGCUGCAGUUCGCGUUCCUGACCGGCGCCCACCUGAGCAACCUGUCCUGCAUGGAGCAGUGGUGGCACCUGGUCCUCAAGGUCGUGUUCCGCGCCUACGGCCUCGCCCUGGCGCGGCCCGUCCUCUGCCGCUCGCUCGUCCAGACGCUCCACGCGCAGCUCGUGUACAACGAAAAGUAUAUAUCCGGCGGCAAUGACGACGACGACGACGGCGACGGCGCCGGUAGCCAACGACAGCAACAUCCAAAGCUGGGGGGCGCCACGGGGAUCCUCGAGGCCACGAGCCCGCGCAACAUGCACCGCCUGCGCGAGGCGCUGAAGCUGUACAAGCGCCGGCUGGAUGAGGCGCUCCUCGGGCUCGGCGACGCCAUCACCCGCGAGCAGGCCGCCGUGGGCCACGCGUUUGUCGACCUCGAGGCCUGGUUCUGGAAGCACGGCUGGGACCUGCGGAGCAGCAGCGACGAGUAUUACGUCGCCGCCGCCGGCGAUGAGGAGGGGGGCGAGCAGCGGAAGGGCUGGGCGCGGCUGGGGGUGCCGCACCGGGGGGGACACGGCCCGGACGACAGCGACGAAGACGACGACGAGUACGAGCCUGUCGUUGUGCAGCUCGAUGCGGAAGGGAGGGAGGUCGGGCUCGUGAACUGGAAUUGA